AUGCACCUGCCGAAUUCGUGCCUAGCCGCAUUUUACCAGCAAGCAAAGCUGUUUCCCUUUCCCUCAUCAAGGCAAGUUCCCCUGUUUGCAACGGCAAGAAAAACAACAGAAGCAGCAACAGGUCGUCAGCUGCGGGCUGGCAGGAGCAGUCGGCACGACAGCAGCAGCAACAGCCGCAGCAGUGUCCCAAAGUUUGUAGCGGAGUCAUGGCGUGCCUCACCGGUAGAUGCCACAGCUGGAAUUUUGAUUGAAAAUGACGGGAAGCAAACUCUGGUGGUUCGCGAUCCAGAGACUGGAGGUGCCUGUUACUUGGAUUCCAUUUUGCUAUCGAAUGACCGCUCUGUCGUCCUGCAACGAAAUGGGAAACAUCUCUUAGACGUUAUUGGGGAGAUUUCUAGCAGAACAAACUUCCAGCCCAAACUUGAUAGUCGAUAUCAGCAGGUGCUACAUGAGCGCCACAUCGCGGAGGAUAUGAACAAAAGCCGUGGCACCAUCGCAGAAAUGCGUAGGGACCCAGGCCUCGACAGUCUCCAUACGCUCUUUCAAUUUUACACGCCAAAGACCUCAGCAUCUGCGGAAGACGGAAAACGGAGCGGGCUUGAGUCCGCUUCACGGGCGAAAGCCAAGCAAAAGCGGGGAGUUAUCAUGGACUCGGACUCCCUCAAGGUUAAACUCUUCAAAAUGUUUGAUGCCGCUGGCGCUGCGGGUCUUCAGCUGAAGCAAAUAGCAGCGCAAACUCAGCAGCCUUUGUCCCACGUGAAGGGUGUAGUAGAAGAGAUAGCGGAGCAACGCAAGUGA